AUGCCACCACCAUCAUCCUCACUCUCUUCAAAGAAUCAUUCACUAUUGGCUCAAAAGAUUGCCAAGUUACGAAGAAUGAAUCCAUCAUCAUCAUCUUCGUCCUCAUCUUCGUCCUCAUCGUCGUCAUUAACAGUUCAUUCCGAUACUACUCCAAGUAGUAGUAGUAGUACUCGUGUACAAUCAUCACAUUCAUCACUCUAUAAUACCACCAUUCAUUCUUCAUCAUCAUCAACAUCAUCAUCACACAUGAAUCAUGACAACAACACUUCUAAAAAGAAAUUACCAAUUACCAUACCGUCAACACCUUUAAAAGUAAUGAAAUUUACCAAUAUGGUCAAUGUUCAAUCAUUGGAAUCAAAAAUACAGAAUUUCAAUCAAAAUUCUCAUUCUUCAUUGGAUGGAAAAGAAUCUCCACUUGCAUGGACCAUUUCUCAAAAAAAAGAAUUAAAAAAACAAAAACAUUUACAAUUUAUGAAUGAAUUAAAAGAACAGAGUUUAGAUUUGAAACAAACAAGACAAGGAGAUGCAUUUGAUAUUGAAAAUAAUAGAUACAUUUCAAGAAAGAAUGAAAUUCAAAAAGAAAUGGAUCAAUUAACAUUUGAAAUGAAGAAAUUUGUUUAUCAUCAAACACAUCACAAGAAGGAUGAAUCGUCAUCUUCAACAACAGCGACAUUAAAAACAUCAUUGAUUCAACCUCAUCUCAUAGAUGAUCAAUCUAAAUUAAAAAUUCAAAGAAUGAUGCAAGAAGAAUAUAGACUUGUAGGAAAAGAUCAUGACGAGACUAAAUCAUCUAAACCUCAAUAUAUCAAUUAUAGAGAAUUUAAAGAUCAAAAGAAACAUGAAAAAGAAUUAGAAAGACAAGAAACGAGAGAAAUGAUAAGAAAUGGAAUUUUAGAUAAAAAACAAAUUCGAAAGAAACGUCUCAUGGAACAACAACGUAAACAAAAUGAAUCAAGAAAAUUCAAUGCCAAAUAUGGAGCACCGAAUGAAGUAGGUCAAGCUCAAAUGAAAUCCAAGUAUGGUAAAGGUGGAUUAGUUGGUAAAUGGAAAGGUGGAAUAUUACACAUUAGUAGAGAUGAUUUAUCAAGAUUGAAAUAA